ACCCACGUGUUGUGAUGGAGGAGAGCAGCAGCAGCACGAGGAGCAGCGAAAACAUGAAUAAAGUCCGAGAGAAGAAGAAGAAGAAGAGGAGUCAGGAGGACCUGGACCAGGAGCAGAACCCGGACCGGAACCAGGACCCGGACCGGAAACAGGACCAGGACCAGGACCAGGACCAGAUCUUCAACUUUAACAACAAAUCUGCUGAGGACAGCGAGGACGGCGAGGACAGCGAGGACGGCGAGGACAGCGAGGACAGCGUGUUCUCAGGACUGGAGGAUUCUGGGAGUGACAGUGAGGACGAUGAAGACGAAGAGCAGGAGGAGCGACCAGAUGAAGACGAGGCUCUGAAGACCAAGGAGGAGGAAGAGGAGGAGGAUGAGGAAGAGGAGGAGGAGGAGGAGCAGCAGGAUGAAGGAGCAGCACCCAAAGCAGGAGACGAGUACGAACACGACUCUUCAGACGAGGAGGACAUCAGGAACACGGUGGGGAACAUCCCGAUGGCGUGGUACAAAGACUUCCCUCACAUUGGCUACAACCUGGACGGGAAGAAGAUCUUCAAACCAAUCAGGAACAAGGACGAGCUCGACGACUUCCUGGACAAGAUGGAGAACCCGGACUACUGGAGAACCGUCCACGACGAGCAGACAGGAAGUGAUGUGGUGCUGUCGGAGGAGCAGGUGGCGCUGGUGACGCGGCUGCAGCGAGGACAGUUCGGGGACGUCAACUUCAACGAGUACCAGCCUCAGGUGGAGUUCUUCUCCGGAGACGUGAUGCAGCACCCCGUCACCGGCCGGCCGGCCGACAAGCGCAGCUUCAUCCCGUCGCUGGUGGAGAAGGAGAAGGUGUCCAAGCUGGUGCACGCCAUCAAGAUGGGCUGGAUCAAACCACGUCGCCACGACGACGACAGGGGGCGGUACUACGACCUCUGGGCCAAUGAGGACGCUUCAAUCCUGGCCAGGCACAAGAUGCACCUCCCCGCCCCCAAGAUCCCCUUACCUGGUCACCACGAGUCCUACAACCCCCCCCCAGAGUACCUGUUCACCGCCGAGGAGAGCGCCCUCUGGGAGCAGCAGGACCCGUCAGACAGGAAGUGUCCGUUUGUCCCCAGGAAGUUCUCGGCGCUCCGCCAGGUUCCGGCGUUCCCUCGUUUCAUCCACGAACGCUUCGAGCGUUGCCUCGACCUCUACCUGUGUCCCCGCCAGAGGAAGCUGAGGGUGAACGUGAAUCCAGAGGAUCUGAUUCCUAAACUUCCCAAACCCAGAGACCUGCAGCCGUUCCCCACCACCCAGUCUCUGGUGUACCGAGGCCACAGCGGGCUGGUCCGCUCCAUCAGCGUGUCUCCGUCAGGACAGUGGCUCGCCUCAGGAGGUGAUGAUGGCUCCGUCAGGUUCUGGGAGGUUUGUUCAGCUCGUUGUGUCAGAACGAUUCAGACGGGAGGAACCAUCAAGAACCUCAGCUGGAACCCCAACCUGUCUGUCUGCCUGCUGGCUGUCGCCCUGGACUCGGUGGUGUUGAUCCUGUCUCCCUCUCUGGCAGACAGACAGGUACUUGCGUCAUCGGAGCGACUGCUCUCGGGUCAGGGGGCGGAGCCUGCGGAGGAGGAGGCGGGGCCUGUGGUCUGGAGCGAGGCAGAGGGGGAGGAGCUUAAUCAGUGGAUCCGGCUGAAGAUCAAACACCCCAAAGCCGUCCACCAGGUGGCGUGGCACGCCAAGGGGGACUACCUUGCGUCCGUGAUGCCAGACCACUCCAGCCACCUGCAGGUGUUCAUCCACCAGGUGAGCCGGAGGCGGAGCCAGAACCCGUUCAGGAAGAACAAAGGCCUGGUACAGCGCGUAUCCUUCCACCCGGCCCGGCCCUACUUCUUCGUGGCUACGCAGCGCUCCGUCCGGAUCUACAACCUCGUCAAGCAGGAAAUGACCAAGAAACUCCAGGCCAACUCCAAGUGGAUCUCCAGCAUGGCCGUCCACCCGGGAGGUGAUCAUGUGAUCUGUGGGAGCUUCGACUGUCGGCUGAGCUGGUUCGACCUCGACCUCUCAACCAAACCCUACAAGAUGCUACGACACCACCAGAAGGCGGUGAGGGGCGUGGCCUAUCAUCGACUCUACCCGCUGUUCGCUUCGGCGUCCGACGACGGAACCGUCAUCGUCUGUCACAGCACCGUCUACAAUGAUCUGUUGCAGAACCCGCUCAUCGUUCCUGUUAAAGUUCUUCGAGGUCACGUGAAGACGGACGAGCUCGGCGUUCUGGACGUGACCUUUCACCCCACGCAGCCCUGGGUCUUCUCCUCCGGCGCCGACGCCACCAUCCGCCUCUUCACCUGAGACCGCUGACCCAUAGAUAUCUAUGAGAAAUAUAGAUAUCUAUAUCUUCACCUGAGACCGCCUCACCCAUAGAUAUCUAUGAGAAAUAUAGAUAUCUAUAUCUUCACCUGAGACCGCCUCACCCAUAGAUAUCUAUGAGAAAUAUAGAUAUCUAUGUCUUCACCUGAGACCGCCUCACCCAUAGAUGUCUAUGAGAAAUAUAGAUAUCUAUGUCUUCACCUGAGACCGCCUCACCCAUAGAUGUCUAUGAGAAAUAUAGAUAUCUAUGUCUUCACCUGAGACCGCCUCACCCGUAGAUGUCUAUGAGAAAUAUAGAUAUCUAUUUCUUCACCUGACGACCUCUUCACCCAUAGAUAUCUAUGAGAAAUAUAGAUAUCUAUGUCUUCACCUGAGACCGCCUCACCCAUAGAUGUCUAUGAGAAAUACAGAUGUCUGUCUUCACCUGACAGCUGGUCACCAUGGAGAUUUAGUUUUUAAUAAAACUUGUUCACACGUUUGUUGUUUUAUUUGUUUGAAUAAAUAAAUAAAAAAGCUGAAAACAUGAAAUAAUUGAUGGUUUUUACUAACGGCUUUAAUAAUAAAAUAGUUUGUUUGUUAUUGAGAAUAAAAUAAAUAAAUCAUGUUUAAUGGAUUAUAUACAUUUUUUUACUUUUCGUACAAAAUUCAAAUAUAAAAACUUUGCAGUUAUAAUCAUUUAGAUAAACAGACAAAUUAUUAAAAAUGUGUUCAAACCCGAGAAAUGGAUCGAUACGUUUUUUAUUCUUGAGUCUUUAUUGAAACUAAUCAGUGAAUUCUGGAUCAUUUUGUUGAUUUUAAAUUUCAGAAU